AUGCGCCAGCCAUUCUACAAGGACAACCGCAUAGUCCCCGUGGGGAUUAUGCUGUUGACGUUUUUUAUCUUUGUCUAUCAUUUUGAACUGGAUCGCCAGGGCCCAUUGGGCGAAAUCCCCGCAGCUGCCGUUCCAAAUACAUUCGUUGAAUCUUCACGCACGGAAACUCUAGAUGCUAGUGUUAUCACCAACUAUACGGACGAAGCUGUUGACCAGCCCGUUCACCAUAUCACCCCCUCUCCCGUUCCUUCCACUAAAACGCCGAUUUCAUCUUCUCCUUCAAGUCAUUCGCUUCACGAGCCGAAAGGCCUUACGACCGACGAUGUGAUUCUCAUGUUCAAGACCGGUGCUACCGUUUUGUGGAAGCGCGUGCCUAUUCACAUGGCGACCUCGUUCUCGCCUAAUCGCAUCAACUCGAACAAUAUUCUCCUUUAUUCUGAUUAUCCAGAGACUAUCGGACAAUGGGAAAUCAUCGACAUUCUUGCCAACACCUCUGAGAAAGUGCGCAACUCGAAGACUUUCCAGCCAUACCUCCAACAGGAAGACUACGAAUCGCGUCAGAACUAUGCCGAGAUGUCCAACAUGCCCGGCGACGCAGCUGGGCCUCCUGGAGGAUGGAAGCUCGAUAAAUACAAGUUUUUGCCGAUAAUUCAGCAUGCGGGGCGUAACAAGCCCAAUGCCAAAUGGUAUAUCUUUAUGGAAGACGACUCCUACAUCUUUCUUCCUAAUCUCCUCCGUCACUUGGAGAAUUUCGAACACAAGGACCCAUGGUAUCUGGGAAGUCUGGCUUGGAUCCAUGGUGACUACUUUGCUCACGGUGGCUCUGGUUUUGCGCUAUCCCGGGGCGCUUGGGAGAAGAGCUUCGGCAAAGACCCGCGUAUCAUGGAGAAGUUUGAAGAAUUCACCGAAGAGCAUGGCUGUGGAGAUCACAUCCUUGGCCAUGUUCUGCAUGAAUAUGGUGUGCAAUUUGGAGAGACUACUGACGAUGAUCGUUUCCGAUAUGGGUUCAACCCUGAAUCUCACUGGUCAACGUGGUAUGAGCCCGCCAACUGGUGCAAGCCGGUGUAUAGCUGGCACCACACGCACGGAAAGGACGUGGCCAGAUUCUACGAUCUCGAGCAGUCUUGGGACUUUGAAAAGGGCCCUUUGAGAUAUCGCGAUAUCUACGAGGCGCUGGUCGCCCCGUAUCUGCACUCUCGUGCAGAGUGGUGGGAUAACUGGUCUGGCAAGUAUGAGAUUAAGUCCAGCAUUGCUGCAAGUGCCGAGCCACCAAGCACGGUCAAAUCUACUGAGACAUGGCGCAGCGCCUGGAAGUCCGUGGACGCAUGCGAGGCUGCCUGCAUAUCGUGGGCUGAUUGUGUACAGUGGUCCUUCUACGAGGACCGCUGUAAGAUGGACAGCAUGGUUCUAUUGGGCAACGGCAUUCCGGAAGGUGACUCUAGGCGGCAAACUAGCCUGCCUUGGGUCAGCGGAUGGUUGCCACGUCGGAUUGAAAACUGGGCAUGCCAAGAAUGA